GCUGACACCGUCCCGAGUGUAUCAAUCUGUCUUGCCAUCAUGACCUUUGCUUCUCUGUCUCGCUGUGCGCGCCCGUCACCGUUGCGGUUUGCUCGUCAUCUGAGCACUUACAAACCGGACAUCGAGGCCGUCAAGAAGCUGCGCGCUGAGUCGCAGGCUCCGCUCAAGGAUGUUCGCAAUGCUCUGGCUGCUACAGAGGGUGAUUUCCCAGCUGCCUUCGAGUGGCUGCGCAAGAAGGGUAUUGCUUCAGCUAGCAAGAAAUCCGGUCGCCAAACGGCUGAAGGCCUUGUUUCCGUCAAGGUGGCCGACAGCGGUCUGGCUGCCGCAAUGGUGGAAGUCAACAGCGAGACGGACUUCGUGGCCAUGAACGACAAGUUCCAGGCCCUUGUCAGUAGCGUGGCUGGUGCGUUGGCCGAUGCUUCAGCCUCGGAGAUCGUGACUCAGCUGCCCACCGAUAAGCUGGCGCUCGUGGAGGUGGACGGUGCCACUGUGGCCGAGAAGGUGCCCGAACUGGUGGGCGUCGUCGGCGAGAACGUUGUGGCUAACCGCGCCGUGCAGUUCCAGCUCAAAGAGGGAACGAUCUGCAGCUACCUGCACAACGUGGCUGCGCCUGGGCUCGGCCGUGCUGGUGCGCUUGUGGCUCUGCAGUUCCCGUCCAAGUCGGCGUCGGCCGAGCAGGUGGCCGGUGUGAAGGAGCUUGGUCACCGUCUGGCCAUGCACAUUGUGGCCGCCAAGCCGCGCUUCCUGUCGCGCGAGACCGUUCCGGAGGCGCUGGUGGAGAAGGAGCGCGCAUUCCUGGCCGACCAGGUCAAGGACUCGGGCAAACCUGCACACAUCGUCGCCAAGAUGACGGAGGGCCGAUUGAACAAGUUUUUCGGCGAGUUUACGCUGCUGGAGCAGGACCACUUCAUUGAAGAGGGCAACCCCAAGGUUGGCGCUUUUGUUGCCGAGCAGGCCAAGAAGCUGGGCGUUGACGUGUCUGUUGCUGCUUACGAGCGCUUCGAGGUCGGCGAGAGCAAGGAGGAGGCGAAGGUGGAUUGCGCAUGA